GGCCAAUCCAAGCGACCCGUACGGACCUCCGACAAGUUAUGUUUGCCGCAGUAGGAACGAGGCCAAUCACUACGAGUUGGUCGACGGCUCCCUGGACGUGGUGAGGGACAUCGCCGACUUCUACGGGCUCAGCCACGUGCCCGAGCCUCUGGUUGCAGAGUUCAACAUCAAGGGCCGGCUGACGCAGCUGAACCUCAUCAACGACUCGCUGCGCCGCCUGCUGCUGUGCCGCCUCGACCGCAAGGCCUCUCCGCUGUUGAUCUCCGUCGGCGUCCCGCUGUUCAAGCCGCUGCCCGACGGCUUCAUGACCGAGGUGGCGCUGCCGAGCAGGUGGCGGCCCGCCCUCGAGGGGGCGGCGCUGCUGGCGCCGCUGAUGGGCAGGAGAGCGCUGACUCUCGACCAGGCCACGCUGGACGGCCUACUCGCCACGCGGCGGGUCCCCAUGGACGAGCUGCGGCGCCUUGCGGAGUGCGGCGCGGUGCAGGGCCUGGAGAGCUGCGGCGGCCUCCUCUCGGGGGGCGCCUCGGCCGACCGCCUCUCGCGCAAGGACCCAGAGCUGGUGAACAGGAAGCUUGAUGAUCAGAGAAUUCGGGCAGCGGAUCAACGCGAGGACGACGGGGAUGUGGCCAAGUACAGUUCUUUCAAGUACAAAGUCGGCAGGGCGAUGCUGCAGCGGAGGGGGGGGGCCUUUGUAAUCGAGGCGGUGAACUAUACGGCGCUGGGCAUGGCAUUCGCAAACGACUGGGCCCGCGCGCUGACCGCCCAGGGCGCGCAGAUGGGAUUUACUUUGCGCCCGCGGCAAUUUAAUGGCGCGCGCAAUCUCCACGCGGGGCAACGGCACCAAGAAGAGCGGGAGAAGGUCAUCUCGGAGCACCAGCUAGCACUCGGCGAGAGCGAGUGCAUCUCGGCUCGCCAGGGCGCACCUCCAGCGAGGGACGGCGGGGCCCCGUCGCAGGCCCGCAGGAUUGCGGAGCAGAUCAACGCCACCGCCGAGCGCCUCGAGUGCAAGUUGGCCAUUCGAGGGCGCAGUCUCAGGCUGGCCGAGGUUGUCGAAGAUGUUCAGGCACUGGCGGGGAUCAGCGAGGACGUGGCGAACUGGUGCCCGCAGAGGCACCCCGACAUCUCCACGUUCCAAGCUGGCGCAAUGGGCGGCGAGGGAGAGGGCGCGGACCAGUGGGCAAUGGGCGCGGCCAGUGCCAAGGCAACGUGCGACUACGAGGAGUCUGUCGACGAGGGGCCCGACCUCAGAGGAGCCACCAGCGGACUCCUGCGCUUAGCCAUCCGAUCCGCGGCAGAGAUGCGAGAGAUGAGCCACCUUACCACGGACUUCUACUUCGCCCCAGUCAGCGCAUGGGCGUUUCGGAAGUCUCUCGCAGCUGGCCACUGCUACGGGGGCCUGGUCAGGGAGCGGGGCACGGGGCGUCUGCUCGGGCCACCAGGCAUUCACGCGGGAAUGGCGCCAAUGGAAGGCAUCUCAGAGGCAGCGACGGAAUUGGGGAAAGAGGGCGCUGCGUCGGUGGAAGCAUCUAUGGUCUUGGCGACCGACUCGUCGAACAACCUCUUGGUUUUGGUGGGCGGCAGCAACGCCUGCAGCCAGGCCGCGGUCACCGAGGCGAUCAAGCUGCGCAAGGUCAGCGAGAGCAACCAAGCUCGCAACGACGAGGAGCAGUUCUGGAAGGAGGGCAUGGGCAAUAUCCAGACCAGCACCAAGGCGACCCCAAACUUCCGAGCGGCGCCCCCGAAAGACGCGAACGAGGAGAUUCUGGAGAAGGUGGGCAAGCUCUCGGGCCACAGCUCGAAGGCAGCAGCGGGGGUGCUGAUCGCGUUCGUGGGCGGCAGGAAUCCCAGCCGGCGGCGCCCAAGACUGAGUUGGAGAGGACGCCCUCGCUUCGGGCUGCGUUGCCUCGCGCAGCGGGUUCGUGAUUGCGCCGCCGCGCCCGCGGCCGCUGAGGCUUCGAAGCUGACGCUCGCCGUCAGGCCAGGCCCAGAGUCCCUGCGCCGGAGCCCCCACGCGAGAGUCCAGGACGGAUCGGUGGAGAGCCAUGCGUGUUCCCGCUUCCUGGUGAUUCUCCUCCCCACAGACGCCGGCUUCUGGGCGCCGUGCGUGGUGACGGGCCUGGGGCUCGAGCUGUUCGCCAGCGCGGAAGAGCUCGGCUCCCCCGCGCCGGGCCUGCUGCCGCCCAAGGGCUUCGGCGUGCUGCUGGAGGGCCCAGGGUUCGUGGGCGUGGACAAGCCGUCAGGGCUGCGCACCGAGGACGUGCUGGACAGGCUCCGGCGCACACACGAGGGCGCCGAGCUGGUGUCCAGGCUCGACCGGGAGACCAGCGGCUGCCUCCUUGUGCCCGUGGCGCCGUCGUGCGCCGCCGUGCUCACGGCGCAGUUUGCUGGCCACACGGAUCCUAUACAGAGCGUGCACGGCUUCGGGAUGAUCCAGGUCACUCCUGCCCGGGGUCGCCCCCCGCGCGUGGCCGGCCAUCUGGCGCUCGUGUCGGGUGCCCCGCCCGAGUCUGGGACCGUGACGGCCCCGCUGGGGCUCGUGGAGGCGGGCGGGGGGUCGCGGUAUCGUGCCUACGUGGACGAGGGCGGGAAGGCGUCCGAGACGCGCUACCGCACGCUGUGGUCUGGUGGCGGGCUGGCGCUGGUGCAGGCGUCGCCGGUGACUGGCAGGACGCACCAGAUCCGGUGCCACAUGGCGCACGCCGGCUUCCCGCUGGUGGGCGACAAGAAGUACAGCGGCGUGCCAGCUCCAGCGUGGUGUGCCCGGUUGCCCCUGCAUUGCCUGCGGCUGCAGGCGAGGGACGAGGGCGGCGGCGCGAUCGAGCUCGAGGCGGGCGUCGGCGCGGCCCUGGCAGGGACGCGGAGCGCCGCGGCUCCGCAAACGUAG